AUCUCUAUAGCGACACCACCCAGCAAACUCGUGCAACAGCGCAUUGCAUCCUCAAGUCACCCUUUCCUACCGCGCCACCACCCCGCGAGGUUAUCGCGGACAUGGAGCUCAAGAAGCGCCUCAACUUUGGCAGCUUGAUGCGCCACCGGUCCUCCCAAGACGUACACGUCGACCCGAAUGCAGACACACCAGAGAGCAAUGCGGCGCGCGGAGUGCGACUCUUCUGCGAGUCGGCCGCUGCGAACUCGGGCGAAGAGGUGCUGCAUCUCCCCACCAUCGUCGAGUCGGCCGUCGCAAGUCCAACCGCUGCAGCCGCCGCCGCCCAGCAGAUCCGCAAGUUCCUCUCCAAGGAGAACUACGGUCAGCCACACGUCCAGUACAAUGCCGUCAUGCUCAUCCGGAUACUGGCCGACAACCCGGGCCAGUCUUUCACCAAGAACAUGGACAAGCAGUUCGCGGAUACGGUGAAGCAUCUGCUGCGGAACGGACAAGACCCGAGCGUUUCGCAGAUACUGAGAGAGAGUCUCGACUCCAUGGAGCGCGAAAAGGCAUACGACACAAAUCUCAACACCAUAUUCGCCAUGUGGAGGAAGGAAAAGGGCCUCAUGGCGAACGCGGCGAAGCAGCUGGGACCCCGGAAACUGAAUGCGCCGGCAUGGAACGGCCAGUCGGUUCAGGGUGGCUUCUCAGAGGAUGGACACAGACACAGAUCACGCUCAAAGGGGCUUCCGCCGCCAAUCGAGCUCGCUGGACGCAUCGAGGAGGCGCGGACAUCUGCGAAGUUGCUCCUUCAGCUGGUGCAGUCCACCCCAGCGCACGAGCUGAUUGGCAACGAACUUGUGAAGGAGUUUGCGGAGCGCUGUACAGCGGCCCAGCGUAGUGUGCAGGGCUACAUUGCAUGCGACAACCCCGCGCCGGACGACGACACCAUGCUCACGCUCAUUGAGACGAAUGAGCAACUAUCCCUGGCUGCCUCGAAGCACCAGCGCGCAGUCCUCCAAGCUCGCCGACUUCAGAGUCCGUCCCCGGUGACGACGCCGCCCAUUUCCCAGGUCAACAGCAACAAUCUACCACCUCACAAUGGAGCGCCAAGUCUGCCACCGGUCAACGCGCCAACAGAUAUGAGCUACGGACAGCCUCCAGCUUCCACAUACUCUCCACCCCCCGGUGCCCCUCACGGUUAUGCGCCACCCCCAGCGCAGUCCUCAAAUCCUGCCAGCUACAAGAACGAUGAGCUGUCUUUACCACCUACCCUGCAAGCAGGCGGAUCAAGACAAGGGCCAACCUCGACAUCUGCUCCUGCCGACGACAAUCCCUUUGGAGACCACCACACAUCAACGUUCACUCCACCCACCAACCCCAGAGCAGAGGGCUACGGUGGUUCACCAGACUCCUACCACCCCGGGUUCCAGUCGACACCGUCAUAUCUCGGAAGACAGGACAGCUCAGCCAACAACCUGACCAUGCACGGCGCAGCGCCCCAGAUCAAGGAGGAAGAUGAGAGCCCAUAUGACAUGCGACAGCCAAAAACACCUGAACUCAAUGUCCCGCAGCAACAGACGCAACACGAUGUGUCGCCAAUUGCCGAGCGCAAUACCGUCACAUACCGUUACUGA